AUGUAUCUGUGCGGUGAUUUUAACAGUAGGUGUUCUGAUAACUUGGACUAUAUUCCAGGUAUUGAUCGUUUAACUGAUAGAGAUGUUAUAGAUUUCUCUUCAAACCAAUAUGGAGAUGUGUUAACAGAAUUUUUAAUUAAUGUAAAUUUUUGUAUUUUGAAUGGGAGGAAUACCAUAACAAAUAACUUCACAUUUGUAGGACCUCAAGAUGCAUCUGUUGUUGAUUAUUGUUUAAUCCCUUAUGAAAACCUGUCCAUGUUUGUAGACUUUGAGGUAUUGAAAGUAUCCGAUAUUCUAGAUUCAACCAACGGGUACUCGCAACUUAGUAAACUUGCAGUGCCAGAUCACUCAUUACUUAAGUGGAACCUUAGUUUAGAUGUUGUUGGCAAGAACUAUGCUGAUUUUAAACCAAAAUGUAAUAUGGUGCAUACUAAAACAUUGUAUGAUACUAAGCAUGUAGGUCGUGAAUUUUUGGCAGAUCCUGAGGUUCAAAGGGAGGUUUUUCAUACCAUUGAUCAGCUAGAAAGUGCUGUUGUAUCACAAGUUGGUCUAAACGAAGCCUAUGAUAGAUUUGUCAAUAUUGUUCAUGUUGAGAUGUCCUCUAAACUAGAACAAAAAGUUAUUACUAUAUCUGCUAACAGAAGAACGGGAAAAAAAUUAAGGGUGAAAAAACCAUGGUGGUCUGAACAACUUACAGUCCUGUGGACUGACCUGUGCAAAGCUGAAAAGUCAUGGCUUAAAUGUAAAAGUAAUAAUCGGCAAUGCCUUAAACAUGUAUAUGUACAGAAAAGGAAAGCAUUUGAUAGUAGUGUUCAGAGAGCUAAGAGGCAGUAUGUUUAUCAAGCCCAGUCCGACCUUGAAGCUGCAGUAUCGGCAAACUCAAGAAUGUUUUGGAAAAGCAUUGGAAAUAUUGGUAUUGGAAAUGAGCGUUUAAAGAGCAUACCUUUUGAAGUAAAAUUGUCUGAUGGUUCUAUUAGUACUGAUCCGGAAAUCGUUCUCAAAAAAUGGGGCUCUGAUUUUGCAGGUCUUCUAAACUCUGGGAACACUAUAUCAAGUGAAGUUGCUAAUGAUAUUAAUAUACAUAAUGUAGGUCUGCAUAAUGAUAAUAGUAUGGAUGUACCUGAGACUGACCAUCUUGAUAGUAUGAUAACUAUUGAUGAAAUUUUGAAGUGUAUUUUACAUGCUAAAUCUGGUAAAGCACCUGGAUAUGAUAAUAUACCAUGUGAACUACUCAAAAAUGAUUCUGCGUUAGCUUUGUUACAAAGUCUUUUUAACAGAUGUUUUAUAAGCGGUACAGUUCCCACUGCAUGGUCGAAAAGUAUAAUUACACCAAUACCAAAAUGUUCAACAUCAGAUCCUAGAGACCCUCUUUCAUACAGAGGUAUAACAUUAGCCCCUUCAAUGUACAAAAUCUAUUGUGCAGUUUUAAAUAACAGAUUGGCUAAGUGGACUGAAAGUAAUAAUAUAAUUUGUGACGAGCAAAAUGGUUUUGUAAAAGGUAAAAGCACAAUUGAUCAAGUACAGUCACUUACAACAAUAAUUGAAACACGUAAACUUAAAAAGUUACCAACAUUUACAGCUUUUAUAGAUUUUAAGAAAGCAUACGACCUAAGACCGUAG